AUGAAAGUACUGAUGGGCAGUAACAGAUAUGGAAACAAGUCCAACGUUUGUGACAUACGUAGCAACCCUGGUCCUGAAGAUGAUCAGUUGAGCUUAUGCUGCUUGUGUGGCCAAACAUUCCCAAGUAUUAAAUCUCUCCACACGCAUAUCAAUGUUGUACACGAAGAAGUUGCUGAUUCUUUCGAUUUUCACCCAACAGAUGGCGAAAAUGACGACCCUGCUCCAAUUGACUUGAGAUGUCAUAUUUCUCCUCCUUCGCACAGUGAAGAAUUUACAUCUCAAUCUGAUAGUGCUAUCCCUUGUCCAAAUUGUCGAAAAUCCUUCUCAGAUGUGACAAGUUUACGAGCUCAUAUUGAUGCUGUGCAUCAAGAUAAUCGAACAGGUCGAUGUGAUAUAUGCGGGAAGACUUUUACCACCCUUUCGUAUCUUCGAAUGCAUAUUACUACUGUUCACGAAGGUGUACGUGCAUAUACUUGUGAUCUUUGUCAGAAAAGUUAUACACAAAAGCAUUCUUUGAAGAAGCAUCUUAUGAACGCUCAUGCAAUUGUUAUGACCAAGGAAGGUAUAAUAGAGGAUUCAGGAUCAAAUAAUAACCAUAACAAUAAUGGUGCAAUCUAUAAAUCUACCCAGUCUGGAUAUCCUGAUGACACACGAGCUCCUAAAUCACGUAAAAAGUUACUCGUAGAUUCUUCUUUCACACCUGAGUCUUCUAGUCCUAGCCCAUCUGGAAUAAAUAAUGUGGAAAGUCCUGCUUCCUCUGAACCAAAAGCUCAUUGCAACUUAUAA